ACUACAGUCUGAGCCUGCCAGGCUCAGGGCUCCCACUGUCUUUUCCAUACAGCUGGGAGUGGGCAGCUUUAACUGUCCCUUCCCUCACAAGGAACAGGUGCCAUUGGAAAACAGAGCCGAGUCCUCUUUGAGAGAAGGAAGGGUUGGCAGAUAGGAGCCUGGGGCCAGGCUAAUGUGUGGCUUGGACAACUUUAGGACUGUGUGUGCUUCAGAGUAGUGGUAAUAGAGCCUUAAGAGAAGUGUUUUAUCACACCCGGAGCACUUAGGACAAUGUGAGCUCCUUCACAACGCAAACUCCUGAGGUUAGGGAAUUGUGUCUGCUGCUCUGCCCUGGGGUUUCAGAACAGCACCCGGCACACGGUAGACCCUCAGUGAACGUUUGCUAACUGAGCGAAUGACUGAAUCCAUCCUCAACUGGACAUUGCUCCAGCCACAGCGAGGAUUUUUAACUGCAUGCCCCAGACAGUCAGCUGUGCAGUUUCAGUUCCCGCACCUUUGGAGACAGGAUUUCUCGCUGCCCCUCCCCCUCCCGUCACCCUCAGCACCCAGGUGCCCCUCCUCUCUGCCCAGAGGCCCCACAACAGCACCUGAUGUACCCGCCCUGUUGCAGACACCCAGGCAGAAGGAGCAGCAUAGUCUCCGCCCCUGAGCAGCCUCACGGGCCCUGGGGAGAUAGGCUUAGCCUAACCUCAAGUACAAGGCCGUCCCAGCUAACAGAGCUUGGCAGAAGAUCUCAGGAGAGCAGCUCCCGUCUGACCAGAGAUCCUGGAGUGGUGUCUGGCUGUAACAAACCAUGCGAUGAGCCAUGCCCCGCCCUGGACACCCCCGCCCAUCAUCUGGGCCACCACGUUUGGGACCCUGGGAGCAGCCAACAGAAUUAUGCCUGGAGACAUACGAUAAGCCAGCCCAGCCUCUGCCAAGCCACCGAGCCCGUAGGCCAGACCCCAAGGACCCUGGCCAUUAUGGCCCCGAGAGCAUUACCUUCAUCUCUGGCUCCGCUGAGCCAGCUGCCGAGCCCCCUGCCUGCUGCCUGCUCUGGCGACCCUGGGUGUGGGACUGGUGCCGGGCUGCCUUCUGCUUCCGCCGCUGCCGAGACUGCCUCCAGCGCUGUGGAGCCUGUGUGCAGGGCUGUAGCCCCUGCCUGUCUGCUGGGGACUCCGCUGAGGGGGCUGCCGAAGCCAGCUGGGCCAAGGAGCACAAUGGUGUGCCCCCCAGCCCUGACCGUGCAACCCCCAGCCGGCGGGAUGGCCAGCGACUCAAGUCAAACAUGGGCAGCAGCUUCAGCUACCCUGACGUCAAGCUCAAGGGCAUCCCUGUCUAUCCUUAUCGCAACACCCCGUCCUCAGCCCCUGACGCGGACUCCUGCUGCAAGGAGCCGCUGGCCGAGCCCCCGCCCCUGCGGCACAGCCUGCCCAGCACCCUGGCCAGCAGCCCCCGUGGCUCCGAGGAAUACUACUCUUUCCACGAGUCGGACCUGGACCUGCCGGAGAUGGGCAGCGGCUCCAUGUCGAGCCGGGAGAUUGACGUGCUCAUCUUCAAGAAGCUGACGGAGCUGUUCAGCGUGCACCAGAUCGAUGAGCUGGCCAAGUGCACGUCGGACACGGUGUUCCUGGAGAAGACCAGCAAGAUCUCAGACCUCAUCAGCAGCAUCACGCAGGACUACCACCUGGACGAGCAGGACGCCGAGGGCCGCCUGGUGCGCGGCAUCAUUCGCAUCAGCACCCGGAAGAGCCGCACCCGCCCACAGACCUCAGAGGGGCGCUCCACGCGGGCUGCUGCCCCCACUGCCCCUGCCCCUGACAGUGGCCAUGAGACCAUGGUGGGCUCGGGUCUCAGCCAGGAUGAGCUGACAGUGCAGAUCUCCCAGGAGACCACGGCGGACGCCAUCGCCCGGAAGCUAAGGCCUUAUGGAGCCCCAGGGUACCCAGCCAGCCGUGACUCGUCUUUCCAGGGCACGGACACAGACUCGUCUGGGGCACCCCUGCUCCAGGUGUACUGCUGACCCCACCAGGCCCCGCGGCACCACCCUCCAGGGAAGAGCCUGCAGAAUAGAGGGCCCAGGACGCCCCAUCUCGGGGAGGCUGGGCCAGGAACUCGGCAGUGUGCGCUCUGGCGCUCUGGCCGACUGACUCCUGGACCCUGGUUCCCACACCCUAAGGCCUCCUCAGCUAGCCUGACCCCGGCCCGGGCCUGCUCCUUCCAGCCCAUGGCUUUCGGUGGCUCUCCAGAGAAAACAAAGAAUUGUUACCUUCCAGGAUUGAAUCCUGACUCUAUCCCAUAAUAUGGCACUUGUACCAAUCAUGCAAACUUCUCCCUCCCAGGGGGACCCUCCAGCUAAAAGCAGUAAGUGGACUGGGUUGGGGGUGGGCAGGGCCCACUCCACGCCGUUCUGUUUUGUUGUUUGUUCUGUUAACAUGACCAUAGUUGGCAAUACAAAGGUGGCAUCAUCUUUA